UAACGUUGGCAACAUAAUAUCCGGGUAGACCUUGUUGGAUAAACUGGUGUGGUGCUGGUCUCUUGUCAAGAUAUUCAAUCGUAUCGUUUCACACAUAAGCCUGGACGUCUACACACAACCGAGAUGGAGACUGCUGUGCUAAAACUUUACAGAGUUUUUGAAAAUCUGCGGGCACAGGUUGAUGUCCUCAAUGAGAGCAUUGAGCCACAGUUUAUUCAGAUGGCCCUGAACUUUGAGCACUCUCGUCGCAAAUGGCUGAGACUCGAUCAGGAGCUGAAUGCAUGUAAGGAGGUGCUCACCAAGGCUGAGACUGAGAGUGGGGCACUGGAGGUCAAGCUCAAACAUGCCCGCAACCAAGUGGACGUAGAAAUCCGACGGAGACAGAAAGCAGAGGCUGACUGUGCGAAGCUGGAUCGUCAGAUUCAGCUAAUCCGGGAGCUGCUGGUGUCUGAAGGUUCCAGUAAUGGCAUCAAAUUAAAUGAGGAGCAACGUUCGGCCCUGGCAUUUCUGAAUACCCGUUCCCAGAAUCCCUCAAACCUCAACACUAGCCGGCGACUGACCACCAUUGAUGAAUCGGCCUCUAUCUUGUCAGACAUCAGUUAUGAUAAAACUGAUGAUUCCUUGGACUGGGACUCGUCUGCAAUCAGGACCGUUCGUCUCAAGAAACGGCAAAAGAGACGCUCCUCCCGAAACCACACAGAAGGACCCCCGGCUGCAGCCAAGAGAUCCCGUUCCACCGGCCGCACUUCUGAGAAAGGUAAUGAAUCUCUGGUGGCCAAGACCACAGUGACAGUGCCGACAGAUGGGAGACCCAUUGAGGCUGUUGCCACAGUGGAAGCUGUUCCCUACUGGACCAGGAGCAGACGAAAGACCGCUGUUAUGGAGUGGGACACUGCUGACACUAACUCUGUUCAGUCUAUGGAUGUGUUCAAGCAGCCCAGUCAGCCCGAUGGAGGAUACAAGGCAGAGCCCAGCACUCCCCAGGGCAACGGAGGCAUCCGUCUGCAUGAGUUUGUCUCCAAAACGGUUAUCAAGCCAGAGUCUUGUGUGCCAUGUGGUAAGAGGAUCAAGUUUGGGAAGAUUUCUCUGAAGUGUAGGGACUGUCGUGUGGUGUCCCACCCUGAGUGCCGUGAACGCUGCCCUCUGCCUUGCAUUCCAUCUAUGGCUGGAACGCCAGUCAAAACCGGAGAGGGCACCCUGGCAAAUUAUGUGUCCGCCACCUCUCCCAUGAUCCCUUCACUGGUGGUGCACUGUGUUAAUGAGAUUGAGCAGAGAGGCCUACGUGAGACUGGGUUAUAUCGAGUGUCUGGCUCUGAUCGAGUUGUAAAGGAACUAAAAGAGAAGUUCCUGCGUGGAAAGACCGGUCCACUAGUCAGCAAGGUGGAAGACAUACAUGCCAUCACUGGACUCCUCAAGGACUUCUUAAGGAACCUCAAUGAGCCUCUGCUAACCUUCCGUCUCAACCGUGCAUUCAUGGAUGCUGCAGAGCUGUCCGAUGAUGACAACAGCAUCGCGUUGAUGUAUCAGAACAUCAGUGAUCUACCACAGCCGAACAGAGACACUCUUGCUUUCCUCAUCAUCCACUUGCAGAGAGUGGCCCAGAGCACAGACACAAAGAUGGACAUCUACAAUCUGGCUCGAGUUUUUGGACCCACAAUCGUGGGGCAUGCUGUGCCAGACCCAGAUCCAAUGACCAUCCUUCAGGACACCAAACGGCAGCCAAAAGUGGUUGAGCGUCUAUUGGGUCUGCCUGUGGAGUACUGGAACAAGUUCAUGAUCAGCGACAAUGACCAGGCUCACAAUGAUCACAUGAUUAUUGAAAACUCCAAUGUCCAUGCCACUCCUGAUCAGAAAAUGAGUAUGUUUGGGCCCGUCACGACCCCAGACCAGCAGAUGAGCAAGACGCCGUCAUCCAGCUCUCUUUCCCAACGCAUGAAAAACGCAACUCUCAACGCAAUCACUCCAAAGUUUGCUAGCAGGAGUAGAGCUGCCGUUAGCGUUCCUCGCCAGGGAAACUUCUUUGCUUCGCCUCUUCUGAAGUAGCCCUGAAGUGGUUUACCGUCUCAUGGCUUAAGAGUUUUUCUUUUUAUUGGGAAACAGCUGCAAUAUAUAACAUUAUCCUACUUGCAUAUUUUAUAUUUGAUUUGUCCACCAAUAAUGGCUUCCAACCAUUUUAACGCUCCUUUUAUCUGUUCAGUAUUUUCUAGUAACAUUUUGUAUUUUAGUCACUUUUUAAAUGUUUUAAUGUACUGUUAACCUCCUCAACCAAAGGGAUGGACUGAUACAAGCUCUUCCAUCAGUCCAUGAAUCCUCAAAAUAGCUACUGGAACCAUGUCAGUUUGGGAGUUCUUUAUCAAGAAACCUAAACCUGAUAGUAGAAAAGAAGAUGAUUAUACUAUGUUCAAUAUUUGUAUAUAGUGUAAUCUGGAACUGUAAUCUUGUGUAAUGUUUGUAUACUUCUGCUUUAUGCUUUACAUGAAACCACAAGAGGAAUCUCAACAUCUUUGAGGGUUCAAGGCCAUAAUGACCCUUCAGAUUGAGCUAUUUAAGGUGUGCACUCUGUAUUUAAACUCAUUUCAUGUACACUGGCGCUUUGAACCCUCUGAGAGAGUAAUGAUUCAGGAUGGAAUGAAAAAAAUCGAGGGGUUAUUACUAUGCAAACUGUAUGCAAAAACACAUACUAUUAGUUGUGAUUUGGCUUUUUCUUUCUGUCUUAAGAUUUUUGUCUUUUAGCGUCAUGAUUAUGUUUUUGAUCAAAAAUGUACAUGUCCAUAUUUCGAAUAUGUCCAUAUGUACAUUGAUUUUUCUAUAUGCUGUUUCGGCUCCAUUUUAAUGUAUUCAGAGCUCCCGUAUUUAAAGCAGAAUCAAAACAUGGUGUCCUCUAUAAAGUGAUUUUAUCAUAAAAGGACUUCAUAUUCUUUGUCCAGUUUGUUAAAUGUAUACUGAUCAUUUCCUUUUAGUGGUGCAACUCCAGAAGAGAACAGUGGAAAUUCUGGACCAGUAAUUGUAUGCAGCACAGAUCUGUCAAGUCUUUUUAUUGUUUAAAAAGGGCAACCUUUAAUCGAGUGGAACAUUUGAGUGGGGUUGAUUUAUCCAUUCCAAUUGCAAUUCCAAUAGCUUUUCAUCUUGAGUGGUGUGAUACUUUGUAAGACUUGUGCUGUUUGUAAAAUACAGUCAUCUAUUGCAAGUGAUUUGUGCCAGUGAUUUUUAUAAUGUGUUGCAUUUGAGGUUUACAGGUAGGUUGAAGUAAUACGACUUGUGCAGUCCGACAAAUGUUCACAUUUAGAGUACAAUACACAAUUACAGAGUCACAAAGUGUGCCCAAUGUUAGAAAAUUGGGUAGCUGAACAAAUAGGAAAGGGGAAGUAGUGAUAGAUUUCAAGUCCUUGAGGAUUAUAACUGCAAUUGUAACUUCAACAUACAAAAGGUGUGGUACAGACAUUGUUAUAAUUAGGGAGUUUGGAGUAACCUCAAUUUUAUUUUUCCCACAAGGAAUGAGGAAUGUUUUCUUCCCCCACACUUGCCUAUACAUACAGUUUAGUUUUUCAUGACAUCUUGAAUGAAAUUCUGCAAAUGCUGUAAACCAAAUAUUUGAUCUGUACAGUGCUUUAUACUCCUUUGAACUUGGAAGGGCCAAAGUGGAGUGUUUUUGAUGUAAUCCUGGAAAGCUAGGACCAAGCCCCACUUCUACAGAGCUUGUUUCUCUAGUGUGGGGAUCCCACUAACAUGCUUCAGUAGGAACCAGACAAAGAGAGGAGAGACCACACUGAUGUACUGGGGUCCAUGCAUGAUGGAGAAAGCAGACAGGAACAGUCCUGACCACUAGGAUCUCCCCCAGGUAGUUUGGAUGUCUGCUGUAUGCCCACAGUCCAUGGCGAAUAAAUUGGCCCUGUAAAUACAUACAGGAUGUGAUUGCAUUUGCUGUAUAACGUUUAUUAAAGGAAUAGUUUGCCCAAAUAAUAAAUUCUCUAAUUUAGUUAUCUUCAUGCCAUCCUAGAUGUGAAUGACUUUCUUCUGCAGAACACAAAAGAAGAUUUUUUUUAAAGAAUAUCUCAGCUCUGUGGUUUAUACAAUGCAAGUUAAUGGUGGCCACAACUUUGAAGCUCAAAAAGCACAAAGGCAGCCAAAAAUAAAAGUAAUCAAUUUGACUCCAGUGGUUUAAUAUCUUAUCUUCUGAAGCGAUCCAUUCAGUUUUAGGUGAGAGCAGACCAAAAUAUCACCAUACGUUUUUCACUGUAAAUCUUGACAUCAACAGUCUCCUUGAGAUCAUGAUUUCAAGCUAGAUCACUCUGCAUUGCAUCUAGUGCUCUGCACUAAGAAGUGUGAUCAAGCAUGCAAUCAUGAUCGGGCCUUAAGACUGCAAUGACAAGAUGUACGUUGAUAAAGGACUUACAUUUUGAUAUGUUUCUCACUCACACCUAUUAUAUAGCUUCUGAAGAUAUGGAUUUAACCACUGGAUUCUUAUGGAUUACUUAUGUUUCCUUUGUGAUUUUUGGAGCUACAAAUGUCAGAUCACCAUUCACUUGCAUUGUAAGGACCAACAGAGCUGAAAAUCUUUGUGUUCUGCUGAAGAAAGAAAGUCCUACCCAUCUGUGAUGGCAUGAGGGUGAAAAAAUGAUGAGAGAAUUUUUUAUUCUGGGGUGAACUAUCCCUUUAACUCCAAUCAACAGUAUUUGUAGCAUAAUGUUGAUUACCAAAAAAAAAAAAGAUUUGACCCUACUUUCUUAAAAGUCACAAGAUGCAAACAUUACACAUGUUAACAUGAUUUUAGUGUGAUAAAACUGCCUGCGCUGUGUAAAGAUAUAUUACACUAUUAUAUUCCAAUAUUACAAAUUUGUUGUCAUGACAACAUAGCACUGGUAAACCCUGUAAUCUGGUAAACUCUGUGACAAAUACUGUUUAUUGAACUUAAUCUGAAUGCAUAAUAUUCUUUUAAAAUAUACAGCUUUUGUUACAAAACAAAAGAUAAGCCACUGGCUACAGCACCAAAAGGUUUCAAGCAUUAUUAUAAAAUAAAAAAAACUGUCUCAAUAAAACAUGACAAACAUGAUUGUAUGCAUUUUUAAUGCAUUACUAGGCAAUAAACUCAAUCCACUGAAUACUCAAAGCAGCUCUGUGAAUAUACUGUAUGGUAUAUUCAUUUUUCCAAAACAAAUUUCUUAUUUGAAAUUGGGAAAUUAAU